AUGGGCAUUCGGGUACAACUGUCUGUGGCAGCACUGAUCGCUGGCAACUUUAUCAUGAACGUCGUCGAGAAAUGGAUAGAUCCGGAUGGCGACACCUACCCUGACAUUUGGGUUGGCUUCGACAUCUUUUUCAAUGUUAGCUUUGCUGUGGAGUUGCUUUGGAACAUGUACUCAUUCUGGCUGCGGCGAUUCUGGAAAUCAGCCUGGAACGUGUUUGAUGUCAUCGUCGUCACUAUCGGACUCAUGAACCUCGUGCUGAGCGACCUUCCGGGCCCGCUAAGUCUGCUCAGAAUGAUGCGGGCCUUCCGCGUGUUUCGGCUCUUCAAGCGCGUGGAGUCGCUGCACAAGAUUAUGAAGUCCCUGUCGAAGGCCAUACCCGGUGUGGCCAACGCGUUUCUGAUUCUGCUGCUCGUCAUGUCGAUCUAUGCCAUAUUAG